GUGAAAUGAACUAGACCAAUUUCCUUGCAGAGAGUACUGUUUUGGCGAUGGACGUUGCCUUAAGCACCAUUGUGUUUGUCAUCGCCAUUUUCAUCCCGGCACUGCUGACGCUGGUGCAAAGAAGCCGUAGCCGGCACGCCGGCCAUAACCCACCACCUCCGCCGGAGCCCAGAGCCAUUCCCCUGGUCGGCCACCUCCACCACCUCCUGAGAAAGAAGCCACUCCACCGCUGCCUCGCCCACCUCGCUGAGCGCCAUGGAGACGUCCUGGGGCUCCGGUUCGGUUCCAGCCGAGUCGCAGUUGUGUCCUCUGCCUCAGUCGCCCAGCAGUGCCUUGUCGCACUGGACACCUCGUUCGGCAACCGUCCACGGCUGCCGUCCGCGAGGAUCCUCUCCUAUGAGUGGUCGACCAUGGGCCAUUCCAACUGCGGGCCGUACUGGCGCCAAGCUCGGCGCACCACCAGCACGGAGUUCUCCUCCGUGGAACGAGUGCAGCACUUCGCUGAUGUCCACGAGCAGGAGGCGCGGGCCAUGGCACGCCGCCUUUGUCGUGUGGCACAUGCUUCUGGGGGACGCGCUCUUGUAGACGUCAAGUCGCGACUGUUGGAGAUGCUAAUGAACGGCUUACUGGACAUGCUCUUCAGGAGGACAACCUCUCGGAGUCGGAGUAGUGACGAAAAGGACGAGGCCGUGGAAGUGAGCGAGGAGGCCCGAUGCUUCAUGGCCAUGGCGGAGGAGACGAUGGAGCUCACGCUGACGGUGUGGGACUUCCUGCCGCCACUGGCGCGGUGGCUGGACGUCGACGCGGUGGGCCGCCGGUUACAGCGACUGCAAGCAAACAGGACGGAGUUUUUGCAGAGGUUGAUCGAGGAACACAAGGAGAUGGAGAAGAGCGGUCAAGUCACACGCAGGACGUUGGUCGGGGUGAUGCUGGAGCUGCAGGACAAGGAUCCCGAAGCCUACACGGAUCAGCUCAUCCGCUCCUUGUGUGUUAGUGCACUCGAAGCUGGGACACUCAGUACAGGCUAUACAAUCGAGUGGGUGAUGUCUCUCUUGCUAAACAACCCUCACAUCAUGAAGAAAGCUCGCGACGAAAUUGACGCAUGCGUCGGGGAACCCAAACGCCUACUGGACGCGACUGAUCUCCCAAAGCUGCCGUACCUUCGAUGCAUUAUCCUGGAGACGCUUCGGCUGUACCCUGUGGUACCCCUUCUAGUUCCUCGUGAAUCAUCUACCAACUGCACGGUCAACGGGUUUAAUAUCGCCAAAGGAACGAUGCUUCUUGUGAAUACGUUUGCUAUCCAUAGGGAUCCUAGGACAUGGGAUGACCCAGAAACCUUCCUCCCGGAAAGGUUUGAGGAUGGCAGUAACCAAUCAGGGAAGACGACGAUGGAUCUGUCGUUUGGCAUGGGGAGACGACGCUGCCCAGCAGAGAACCUGGGGAUGCAGCUGGCAGGCAUUGCUUUGGGGACUAUGAUACAGUGCUUCAACUGGGAACGAGUGGGCACGGAGCUUGUGGACAUGGCUGAGGGCUCUGGCCUAACCAUGGCAAAGAAGGUUCCUUUGGAGGCCUUCUGUCAACCUCGUGCUUCUAUGGUCGAUCUCCUUGCAAACAUCUAGAGCUGCUAUAUAUAUAUAUAUAUACAAGUUGUACUACCAAGACAAUGCAAGCACACGUCAUUAUGAAUUCUCGUUGUUAUUACAGAAUAAGUCAAAAGCGCUGCUGCUUUUAUAUAAAAUCACCCUAGCUAUGUAUGUAUGUUCAUGUAGAAACCUACUAUCAAAUAAUGUGUCGUGUACAGCCUCAUAUAGCAUGAAAUGAAAGUAUAUUGUGAGGCAGAGAAUAUGAUUCUAUCGUAAA